UCAAGUUUCAACUUUCAAAUUCAAAGCAAUACAUUGCCUCUGCCCAAAAAAAAAAAAAGCAAUACAUUGCCAAAAUAGUGUAACUCCAAGCUGGUGGAGUGAGACAAAUUUCCAGGUGCUGGAAAAUUUUCGAUAAUGCUCUUACUUCUUCUAUUGCUGAUUCCACUUGUUCAAGGUUGGGGAAAAGAUGGCCACUAUGCAGUUUGUAAAAUUGCAGAGGAGUUUCUUAGUGAAGAUGCUCUUUUUGCAGUGAACCAACUGCUUCCAGAUUCUGCUCAAGGCGAUCUUGCUGCAGUUUGCUCUUGGCCUGAUGAAAUUCGUUAUAAUUACCAUUAUCGUUGGAGUGGUGCUUUACAUUAUAUUGAUACCCCUGAUUUCAAGUGUAACUAUCAAUAUUGUAGAGACUGCCAUGAUUCUUAUGGACAUAAGGAUAGAUGUGUUACUGGAGCAAUACAUAAUUAUACAAUGCAAUUAAGGUUAGCUAAUGCGGAUGCUUCAUCUGAAUUGAAAUAUAAUUUGACAGAGGCGCUUAUGUUCUUGUCACAUUUUGUUGGGGAUGUUCAUCAGCCCCUACAUGUUGGUUUUACUGGAGACCUAGGUGGAAACACAAUUACAGUUCGUUGGUACAGGAGGAAAACAAAUCUUCAUCAUGUAUGGGACAACAUGAUUAUUGAGUCUGCUCUGAAAAAAUUCUAUGAUUCCGAUCUUUCAGUUAUGAUACAAGCUAUUCAAAGGAAUAUUAGUGAUAUUUGGUUAAAUGACACAUCUAGUUGGGAACAUUGUGCACACAACUACACAGCAUGUCCAGAUCGGUAUGCUUCGGAAAGUAUUAGCCUGGCAUGCAAGUUUGCGUAUAAGAAUGCUACACCAGGAAGCACUUUGGAAGACGAGUAUUUCUUAUCUCGGCUGCCUAUUGUGGAGAAAAGGCUGGCUCAAGGUGGUGUGCGACUUGCUGCUAUCCUCAACCGCAUUUUUACUGCCAAAACUGGAAUAGCUCAAGCUUGAAGAAACUAAUAUAUUAAAAAAUCAUGUCUUUAAAUAUGAUUUUUUUCCCUUAACCCGGUUCGGACCCAUGUAAUGUAAAGUUUGCUCACGAAAUAUGUAAAAUCUAGUUAAGUUUAAUCAUAAGUAAAACCUAACUAAAUGUAUAUUUUGUGCGAUAAUGCCAUUACUAAUUUUGAUUAAUAUAACAAUGGAUUUAAUAAUUUGAAAA